AUGGCACAUCAGUACCGCCAACACUCCCACAAUGCGAGCACAAGCUCCGAAGACACUAUUUUUGUCAGCCAGCCAAACAGUCCCUUUAUCCAAGGUCCCGACAAGCGACAAAGUCUAGGGUCUUACAAGGCCUACCAGUCUCCCUAUGUUUCUGUCCAAGCCGACGACGUGCCUGGCAGCGAGCCUGCCUUGAGCAGCACGAACGAGUCGAGGCGAUCCACUCGUUGGAGCAGGAUCUCGGACAAGACGCACAUUAAGCCGGAGAAGUUUUCCAAUUCUGGGACAUGGACGUUUGAGAUUGCCAGCCUCUGCGUCACCGUCCUCGCCGUCGCUGCCAUCAUCGGUGUUCUUGCAGCAUACGACGGUCGCCCCUUGGCAUCAUGGAGGUUCCAGAUCACCAUCAACGCAGUCAUCGCCUUGCUCGCUACCGUCGCAACUGCAACUAUUGCUGUUGUUCUUUCGAGUGGCCUUAGCCAGUUGAAAUGGAUUCACUUCAAGACUCGCCGCGAGCCCCUGUCCGAUAUGGAGGUAUUCGACGACGCAAGCCGCGGGACGUGGGGGGCUUUGAUGAUGCUCUUCAAGCUCAGAGGAGGUUUUCUUGGGUCCUUUGGAGCAUUCGUUGCCAUUCUUACCCUGGCUUUCAGCCCCUUCGCGCAACAAAUCGCUACCUUCCAUGCUCACACCACCGAUUCCACCGAAGGUGCCACAAACUUGCGAUCUCAGCAGUACUUGAUUGCCUUGAGCAGUCAAACUGCCUCCGAGGGCUUCAUCCCGAUCCUUCCUUUCAAGGCUGCAGUCUAUAAUGGCCUCUUCGCCGAGAAUGGUAAACCGUGGCUCAGCCUUCCAGUCAACUGCCAGACUGGCAACUGCACCUGGGAGCCCUUUGAGACGUUGGGUGUGUGCAAUACUUGUAUCGACAUGUCAGAGUUCAUGACCAGAUAUUGUGAAGAUGGGUCAUCAGAAAACAUGACUAGCUGCGGUUGGUCUCUUCCGGUUGGCGCCAGACUGAGGACGCAUGCCGACGUCUUCAGCAUGACGCCGUUAUUCCCCGACGGUCUCGGCGACAUGUCAUACUCAACCAUCAUGAAACUCGUCUUCAUGGGAACUGAGAAGCAGGGCGGCAAGCCUGGUGUUUUGGCUCCUUGGGCACGGCAAUGCACCCUCCAGGCAUGUGUCCAAACUCUCCAAUCCUCGAUCAAGAAUGGCGAGCUCAACGAGUCCAUUAUUCAUGUCAAGACGAACGACUCGGUUGCGACCGCGACCCAGAACGAUCUGCAGCCUAUCGUGAUCACCGGCGAGAGCGGUAACGAGACGUAUCCCAUUGACAUGAAGGUCAUGAUGGGUAUGCGAUCGUGGUUUUCGGACCUCUUCCGCAACGGCUCGGCCUCUCGCAACGAGGAGUUUAUCAACAACACAAUCUCCACGCCCGACAACGUCAUCGUGAAUCUCACGGUCGGAAUUUCCAGUGGUGAGACGUUUUUCGAUACCGAUAUCGUUCAAGCGUUCUACUGGAACUACUACGAGUACCCCGGUGGCAUUGAGAUGCUUAUGAACGACCUAGCAACCAGCGUCACUGUCAGCUUCCGUUCGUUCAAGGGCACUAACGUCAUCGGGCUAGCACAUACUAUCGAAAGCUACAUCCAUGUUGAGUGGAGCUUCCUUACAUUACCUCUGCUGACCGUCCUCCUCACGGCCGUGUUCCUGAGCGCUGCGAUUUACCAGACUUGGCGCUGGAAGACCAGUUUGUGGAAGAGCAGCAUCCUUGCAACCUUGGUACACGGGCUAGACAGAGAUGCACGAGAAAGGCUAGAAGAUCUGGGCGACCUCCGCCAACAGCAGAAGGAGGCCAAGUUGGUGAAGGUGCAGUUGGAUGAAGGCGAUGGUGGGCUUCUGAAAAUGUCCAAGUAUGAAGACAUUUAA